GGUUGGGAAAAAUCCAACUAGAGAAGAGCAUAAAAGUAGACAUCUGAUCAACCCGACCCAUAAUAACCUUUUUUUGUUGGCCGCGUAAUAUGUUCGAGCGCGGCCAUCACACUAAGAACAUUCAUAAAAAAAAAUCCACAGGAUUCAAAGCCCUUAAGCUUUGAUCAUAGUCUCUUAAAGAGGUAGUAAAACCAUAAACUAGAGCCCCAAUUUGCAUUCACAAGCCACCUAACACAUUAGCUUCUGGUCAUUUCUGCUUUAUAUACACAUCAAGUAAAAAAUGGUGAGAAGAAGAGAAGGUCUUACAUUGCCAAUCAUAAAACCGGCGCUUCCCGAGGUCAGAUCAGCAGCGACAACGCCGGUGGCCUCACAGAAACCAAAACAUCGUUUAUCGAAACAACUAUCUAUGUGUGAAACACCAAGAGACGUUGCUUGGGAAAGAAGAAGGCGUCAGAUGAUAAUGAUUCAAGAAAAGAAGCUGCUUCAUAAGGGCGCUUCAGACAAUCUUUGUAUACAGGCGAAUCUAACGGAUGAAGAUUUAAACGAGCUAAAAGGAUCGAUUGAGCUAGGUUUCGGUUUCAAUGAAGAAGCAGGACAAAAGCUUUGUAAUACAUUACCAGCUCUUGAUCUUUACUUUGCAGUGAAUCGUCAGCUCUCGCCUCUUCCUUCACCUAGCAGCAGCCGUAGCAGCAGUGCAUCUGCGUCAACUUUCUCAUACAGUAUACCUUGUAGUCCAAAGAAAACUGAUUCAGAUUCUGUUAAAAUCUUAUGCCCAGGGGACGAUCCUCAACAAAUGAAGCAGAGGUUGAGACAUUGGGCACAAGCAGUUGCAUGUUCUGUUAUGCAGUCUUAUUGAAGAUUAUAAGCACUCAGAUUUUCUUUUGAGAGAUAGGAAGAAGCGAAUCUUUUACAAUUAGGAUUCGAAAGAAACAAAAAACAACUAGAAAAUUUUGGAGAAAAAGAGAUGAAAAUUGUGGCUCUGUAUAUAACUCACAAGAUGAGAGAAAGAAAAAGAAAAACACCUCUUGUUCAUAAGCUGUAAUGAUGUAUACAAAAAAAAAGAUUACAAUAUG